CCGCAAAGUACUACAACUACCCGGAGCCUCAGCUGCCGCACGUGGGAUCCAAAUGUCGCGAUCAAAUCAGGAUUUAAAUAGAAACGACCUCGGAGUUGGGAGAGAAGUGGGAGAGAGCAGUCUGACUGUCCUGUGAGAAUGGCUGAGCCUAUUAGAGUUCUGGUGACUGGUGCCGCUGGGCAAAUUGCCUAUUCCCUGUUGUUCAGCAUUGCCAAGGGUGAUGUCUUCGGCAAGGAUCAGCCCAUCACCUUGCUCCUGUUGGACAUUACACCCAUGUUGUCUGUCCUGGAUGGUGUCGUCAUGGAGCUGCAGGACUGUGCUCUCCCACUUCUGAAAGAGAUUGUCCCCACUGACAAGGAGGAGGUAGCUUUCAAGGACCUGGAUGCCGCCAUCUUGGUGGGCUCCAUGCCCAGGAAGGAGGGAAUGGAGAGGAAGGACCUGCUCAAAGCCAACGUGGCAAUCUUCAAGAGCCAGGGAGCCGCUCUAGAGAAGUAUGCCAAGAAGACUGUGAAGGUGCUGGUUGUGGGAAACCCUGCCAACACAAACUGCCUGAUUGCAGCCAAAUCUGCUCCUUCUAUUCCAAAAGAGAACUUCUCCUGUCUCACCCGUCUGGAUCACAACAGGGCUCGCUCUCAGGUGGCAAUGCGCUGUGGCGUUCCUGCCACGCAGGUAAAGAAUGUGAUUAUCUGGGGUAACCACUCAUCCACCCAGUACCCUGAUGUGCACCACUGCUUAGUCAACAUGUCUGGUAGUGAACUGGCCUGUUUUGAAGCAGUCAAGGAUGAUGCCUGGCUCAAAGGAGAUUUUAUCACUACAGUGCAGCAGAGAGGUGCUGCCGUCAUCAAGGCAAGGAAGCUGUCCAGUGCCAUGUCUGCAGCGAAGGCUAUCUGUGACCAUAUGAGAGACAUCUGGUCUGGUACCUCUGAGGGUGAGUUCAUCUCGAUGGGUGUGUACUCCAGUGGGAACUCCUACGGCGUCCCAGAAGACCUCAUCUACUCAUUCCCUGUCCAGAUCAAGGACAAGACCUGGAAGAUUGUAGAGGGCCUGGCCAUUAAUGAUUUUUCCCAAUCAAAGAUGGACGCCACAGCAGCAGAGCUGCUAGAGGAGAGAGACACCGCUGUGUCUUUUCUAGGCGUAUGACUAGAGCCUACGGAACCAUCUGACGGGCAUUUAAACAGCCCAAAAGCCCCAGACGCGCGUCUGUGAUGAAGCACUCCACCAGACCCUGCAUUACUGUGUGCAUACUGUAUGUGUGUAUGAGAGAGAGGGUGAUUGUGUGUGAGGCAUUUAUGAUUUUGAAGUUGGACUUAUACUAGUGCGUUGGGAUGCCACUAAGGUACACAUUCGUCACAAAUGUACAGGAGCUUUCACAAAGGCAGUGAUCAGCUCAUGGUUGGGGUGACUUGUGUCCUCUACAAGUUUGACGUACUGAUAAUACAAUAUUAAAAAAGCUUUUCUGAUUGAUCCUAUUCAUUAUAAAGUGGAUAAAUUAGAUUGGAACCUGGAAUACAGUGACUACACAUGACUUUUGAGUUGCUGUACUUUUCAGUGUUCACGUAUACCUUUAAUUUAAUUUAAUUUAAUAUACACUGUAAUACUGAUGGUUUACCCAAUGUGUCACCACGUAGCUAUUUUCCGAUACAUUUUCUUUGGUUGUAUGUGAUUGAAUGACUGUUACAUGUAGUCAGUGAUGCACUAAAUGCUCAGACACUGAAAUGCGUAACUUCUGAGCUGACAAUAAAAAACAAAACAAAACAGAA